UCCGGUUCUCAGGGCGACUUCAUUCACCCACGCGUGGUGAAAGAAGCCCGCUUACCCACGACAGGGUUUCCGACUCCCAUCUCCGUUACCCUAGGGGAUGACAAGACCCAGCGCUUCUUCGAUCAGACGGUCACCGACCUCCCUUUCUUCCUCUCUCGAGCCGACUGAUCGUUCCCCGGCGUCUCGYCGCCACCGCUCCUCUGCACAUUUCGAUGUGAUGGAGACGAGGUACGACUUCAUUCUCGGCACUCCGUGGUCUCGUCGGUUCCGCAGCACCGAGGCCGAUCGGGCGACCAACACUCUCGUUCUCAAAACGAAGUGUGGACAGACGUAUCGCAUACCUUUCAUAGGUACCACCGCGACACCACGCCCCGAUCCUCCUCCCCCGGAGCCUUCCGAGCCCACACCAUCUCCUUCUAUCACUGUCACCUCGCCUCGCCAGUUCGCCCACUUCAUCCGACAGGACGACGUCACCUUCUUUAUGGUGAACGUGACGGAUCUCUUACACUAUGAUCCACCCUGCCCCGACGCCGAGCUCAUCCCUCUGGAGCUAGACCCUCCUUCCAUCUCUACUCCCGUCCCUCCGCCGUCCGUCGAGUCCACCCCGCCGUCGCACGCUGACGCUGACGCUGAGGAACUCGCACGAUAUACGGCUGACCUGGAGCCCGCAGUUCGUGACCUCAUCCGAGAGUACCACGACGUUUUCCCAUCGUCGUUCUCGUACGCCGACAUCCCACCGAUGCGUGACGUCGAGCACUCCAUUCAGCUUGUGCCUGACUAUCCAAGCAACCGCUUCUUUACGAAGAUUGAUCUUCGUAGCGGUUACCAUCACAUCUGCGUCGCUGCAGCCGACCAGUCGAAGACAGCGUUCCGAUCGCGCUUCGGCCACUACGAGUUUACGGUGAUGCCAUUCGGCCUCACCAAUGCACCCGUUACCUUCCAGAGGGCGAUGAACGACAUCUUCACGGACAUCCCGGAGCAGUACGUUCUCGUCUACCUCGACGAUAUCCUGGUCUAUAGUCGUACCCUUGAGGAGCACCUCAGACACCUCCGCGACGUCCUUGACCGCUUGCGCAGACAUGGCUUCUACGCCAAGCUGAGCAAGUGUAGCUUUGCCCAGCACAAAGUGGACUUCUUAGGACAUUACGUGUCUGACCAGGGUCUCCACAUGGACGACGCGAAGAUCACUGCUAUUGCGGAGUGGCCCGCUCCCACAUCCGCCAAGCAUCUUCGCAGCUUCCUAGGCCUGACCAGCUACUAUAGUAACUUCAUCCGGGGAUACGCUAGUGCACGUGAGGUCGCCGACAUCGUGUUUGACCGAGUCCUGCGUGACCACGACUUACCUCUCAGCAUCAUAUCUGACCGUGACCCGUGUUUUACCAGCCAAUUCUGGCGACGGCUCCACGAGGUGUACGGCACUCAGCUCCGCUUCUCCUCGUCUUACCAUCCUCAGACUGAGGGUCAGACCGAGAUCACGAACAGGACUCUCGCAGAUAUUCUCCGAAAGAUUGUUCGUGACGACCAGCAGUGGGACCUCCAUCUUGCCCACGCGGAGAUAGCCUACAACCACGCCGUCUCGCCAGCCACGGGGAUGUCGCCUUACUAUUGCGACCUCGGCUAUCACCCUCGUGUUCCUGCAGACUUCCUUCGACCGUCACAAAUGCACCCCGACACGAGUUGUCCCGCACUUGAUGAUUGGGUUGCACAUAUGACGUCGUUCAUGAAGACCGCACAUGAGGACAUAGCUGCUUCCCAGACUCGCAUGGCAGCACGUGCGAACCGAUCGAGGAUGGACAAUCCAUUCAAAGUCGGUGAUGAAGUGCUUAUCGACGCCCGCCACUUACAGCUCGAAGCGGACACGCUUCGCAAGUUUCGGCAUCGCUUCUUUGGCCCAUGCCGCAUCCUCCAGGCCGUCGGUUCUGAUACGGCAUCUAGCCCGGUCAGCUUCCGUGUGAAGCUGCCCUACUACCUACGCCAGGCUCGUGUGCACGAUGUCUACCACGUCUCGUUACUGCGUCCUUACCGCAGACCGUCUGAGCGUCUCGUUGGACGACCAUACGAGCGCCCUCCACCCAUCAUGGUGGAUGAUCACGAGGAGUUCCUCGUUUCAGACAUCAUUGGUCGCCGAGUCACCGACGACAACCCUCCCCACGUCGAGUAUCUCGUACGUUGGAAGGGUUACCCUGAUGAGGAAGCUACCUGGGAGCCCCUCGAGCACUUGCAGCACGCUCGCAUGUUGGUGCGUGUCUACGACCGUGCUCGUCGUGCUGGGUUCACUGCUCCUCCUCAGCCCACUGACCCUCCUCCUUCUCCCCCGGCUGAGGAGACCGCUGAAGUCGAGCCUGCUCCAUCUGAGGCAGACCUUCAGCAGCAGCCGGAUGCUUCUGAGCGUCCACAGCGCACUCGUCGUCGUCCUGCUCGAUACGACGAUUGACUCUAACUUACCUUCCCACGU